CCUUGAGUGCGCGUGCAGUCGUUAGGUUGUUUUCGCAACCCACUGUAGUCAGUGCGAUCAAAUUGUGCUUUAAACAUCUGUGUGGCCAUCAUAGUUGAGGACGGGGCGACUGGAUUACCGCGGCAGUAUUUCGAUAAAAGGAGAACUGUUUUGCUUGCUCGUUUUGUUUUAGCGUUUUCUAACGGUUUUGCUGUAGUCUUUUGUUUUUGUAUGUGUGAUGGACGCCAUUUUAGGUUGAUCACACUUAACUUACUAGCUGCUAGCCACAUUGUUUCAGGCCUUGCUUCAAACUACGUCGGUUUGUGUUUUGUUGAGAUUUGGACUACACCAAACAAACAUUUCGGAGGGACUUUGAUGCGGACAUUGGGGAGACAUAUUUGACCAGACUCUACACGUUCACCCGUACGGACACUGUUUGAACUGUGUAUUUCUUUGUCAGAGUUGGACCUUGCGGACAGCUCACGGCUAACCGCCAUUUGGUCCUGGGACAUUGAGAAACAGCAGGAGUAUUUCGAUCUUCUGCCGGGAAAUUCCGUGGACUAAAAGUCACUUGCGUCUUUAAGAUUGCGUGUUACACAUGAUCACAGUCUCUUUGAACACUUGAUAUUUUCAAUUCGCAGUUAUUCACGUGAGGCAGAAUCCACACGACCCUCCUUAGUGGUGACUCUUAAUUUAAAAGAGUGUUGAGAUGAUGAGCAAACAUGGCUAUUAUUCUUAAACUGUUAAGCUGAUAAACUGACACUGAGUAAAGGGUGAUCGCUGGGAGAGCCCAGGCGGUCGUGCGAAUUGUAGUUGAGUUUGGUUGUGUGUGGUGGUGGUGUCUGACCACGAGGAUUGUUUAAACAUGUCUUGUGUCCAUUACAAGUUUUCUUCUAAACUUAACUACGACACGGUCACCUUCGAUGGCCUUCAUAUCACGCUCAGUGAUUUGAAACGCCAGAUCAUGGGGAGAGAGAAGCUGAAGGCCGCGGAUUGCGACCUGCAAAUCACCAAUGCUCAGACUAAAGAAGAAUACACUGAUGAUGGAGCCCUCAUCCCUAAAAACUCGUCUGUCAUCAUCAGACGAAUCCCUAUUGGAGGGCUGAAGUCCACAAGCAAAACAUUUGUCAUCGAUCGAUCUGAACCAAGUGGAUCUUCAAAAGCAAUUGAUGAUUCUUCAUCCAUUUCACUGGCCCUGCUUUCAAAGACAGCCAAUCUUGCUGAAACAAAUGCAUCAGAGGAAGACAAAAUAAAAGCAAUGAUGUCUCAGUCCAACCAUGACUAUGACCCAAUCCAUUAUGCAAAGAAGCUUGUUGGUCCGCCUCCCCCAAACUACACUUGCUUUCGUUGUGGAAAAACUGGACAUUAUAUCCGAAACUGCCCAACCAAUGGGCAGGAUCGAAGUUUUGAAGCUCCCCAACGGAUAAAGAAAAGCACAGGAAUUCCUCGGAGUUUCAUGGUGGAGGUUGAUGAUCCAAACAGAAAGGGAGUCAUGUUGACCAACAGUGGAAUAUAUGCCAUUCCUACUAUUGAUGCUGAGGCCUAUGCCAUUGGGAAGAAAGAGAAGCCACCAUUCUUGCCCCAAACUCAAUCUUCAUCCUCAGAGGAAGAAGAUCCAGUGCCUGACGAGCUGCUCUGUUUGAUCUGCAAGGAUCUUAUGACAGAUGCUGUGGUUAUCCCCUGCUGUGGAAAUAGCUACUGUGAUGAGUGUAUUCGAACGUGUUUGCUGGAGUCUGAUGAACAUGUUUGCCCAACCUGCAAACAAUCUGAUGUAUCUCCUGAUGCAUUGAUCGCAAACAAAUUCUUGCGCCAAGCAGUGAAUAAUUUUAGGAAUGAAACUGGAUAUACCAAGAGGAUUCGAAAAGCUGCAGCUGCUCAUCAAGCAGCUGCACAAGGAGCCCAAACACAAGCUCCUGCCCAGCGGCCACCUAUGAGGCUGGCAACCUCACGCCAGCAGGACCCUCUGAUGGCCAAUGUUCCAAGCUCAGCAGCUGAUAGCACCCCUCCCCAAAGCACACUUGCUGCCCCUUUAUCUCCUGUUAGCACUCAUCAGCCCUCCAGCACCCCACCUUCUUCUAGCAGCUCCACUGUAAACAGCAGCAGUGCACCUGCAGCAUCGAACUAUAGCCCUGUGGUGAACUCUCCUCAGCACUCUACUAAGCAGGAUGACCCUCCUUCAUCUAAGGAACCAGAGGUCCCAGCAUCUACUGUUGUGCCUUCAUCAGACACUGCUGCCCCAACAACUUCCAUUCCGAAGGGAUACCAUGUCCCAGUAAUUGGGAAGCCAAAUAUGCCUCAGCAUCACAUGCAUAGAUCAGGGCAGCCAAGGGCUAGUGGACCAAGGCCGUCUGGAAGCCGUCCUGCAUGGGAUCCGUCCUCAAGUAGAGGGAGAGCUCCUAGUGAGCGACCACCAAGAACACAGCCUCCCCCAGUACAAAACCUUCCUCCUGUAGUCCCUCCAGUGUAUGUGCCUCCUGUUCUUUUUCCACCUCCACCACAUCCUAUGCCUCAGCCACCUGGUGGUGUUCCACAGCAGUAUCCCAUACAGUAUCCUCCAGGACAACAGCCUCCCCCUCCCUACAACAUUCCGCCACCUGUAUUUCCACCUGUCCCACCAAAUGUGACCGCUCCAUGGGUGCCUCCUGGUGCACAGCCACCUAUAGCCAACCCCAUCUCUACUAUGCCAGCAGCACCUUUUCUAUCCAAGGAGGAGUUUUACCGUCAGCAGCGUAGACUGAAGGAAGAUUCCCAAUGUCGAUUCGUUACCAGGGACAAGAAGUCCAAACUUGAGGAAUUUACUAAUGACUUUGCCAAAGAGCUUUUGGAGUACAGAAAGAUCCAGAAGGAGAGAAGGCGAUCCUACUCUAGGUCAAAAUCUCCUUACAGGGAUUCCUCCUACAGUGGCUCAUCAUAUUCGUAUUCCAAAUCCCGCUCUCGGUCCAGAUCACCACGCUCCUACUCUCGGUCAGUUUCCCGAUCUCGGUCAAGAUCCCGCUCACGCUCUCGUUCGCGAUCACGCACCUACUCUCGCUCACCAUACUCCCGCAGGGGCCGAGGUCGAAGCCGUAGCUAUCGAUCUAGGUCACGCACUCCAACAUACCAUCGCUCCCGCAGUAGAUCACCAUCAUAUAGAGGUCGGGAGAUGAGUGGAAUGGGAAGUGGGAUCUAUCGUUCCCGCUCUAGAUCCCCACUAUAUAGGAAUCACAGUCCCAGCAAGAAACUCCCACCCCCUUCUCAAAUUGAGGGUGAGCGCAAAUAUGCAGGGAGGUACAGAGAGCUCCCUCCUUAUGAUCCUAAGGAAUAUUAUGGCCGCAACAUAGACCAAAGUGACCCCUAUGAGAGAGAGCGAUAUCGAGAGUGGGAAAGAGAGUACAGGGAGUGGUACGAUAAAUACUUCAAGAGCUACAACAACCCACCAAGUAGUCAAAUGCGAGGACGUGCUCCAGGCAGCAGGGAACCCUAUACUCCUGAGCGUUUUGCUCCUCCCCGACCAAGAGAAAACUCCCCCUACAGCAGGGGUCGUCGGGAGGAUUAUCCACCACCACCUCAGAGCCACGGCGUCCCACCAAGAAGCAGAGGUUCCAUGACAUACCAAGAGAAGUGUGCUGAGAAGUAUGGCCACCUUCAUGUCAACACCACUGGAGCAGGAAGAGGACUUAACAAAGAGUUUUUGAAACCUCUUAAGGACCGAGAACCCGGUGGCAGCACUGCUGCAGACCCCAAGUCUAUGAAGCAUAAAAAACAUCGCAAAAAGAAGAGAGAAGAUAGUGACCUCUUCAGUCACUCUGACUCUAUGGAUGAAUCCAGGAAAGAUGAUCGUAAAGAGGAUUCCAUGCUGAUGAAUUCAAGUCGUGAUGAUGCCACACCUGUCAGGGAUGAGCCCAUGGAUAGCUCUACAGUGCCCUACAAGACUACUCCUGUAAAGGAGAAGAAAGAGAGGUCAAAAAGCAAAACUGACAAAGUUAAACGAAAGUCUGAAAACAGUGGGCAGAAGAAGGAAGCAUCAGGGAAGAUGUCAAAACCUGCUAGAGAGAAAGAAUCUGAUGCACCGCGAGAGAAAGUGGCUCCCACUGAACCAGCCAUUAAGAGAGUCAAAGACGAACCAUCCCACAAAUCUGAACCAAGCAAACCUCAAUCCUCAGAGUCCAAACUCAUGCUCCCACGCAAGUUGAUGCAGUCUAGGCCCAUCAAACACCAUCAGGAGGUAAAGCCCAUCAAAGAUGAGCUCAAAAGCAAGAAAGAAUUGGUGAAAGAUCCUGUAAAGCCAGAUAAAAUUCCUGUCAAAGAUGGGAAGGUCCCCAAAAAAGAGCCAGAGAAGCCUGUGAAAACUGAGGAGAAGAUGCCUGCUAAGACAGUUGAUACUAAACAAGAUAAGAAGAAACGGAAAGAUGACAAGCCACCUGUGAAAGACCUAGAUGUUCCUCCAGUAAAAGUAGCAAAAAUAGAAGUUGGCGUGGCUAAAAGCUCUCCAAAACCUAAACCCAGACUGGAGAGCGAAAGGCCUGUUGAAAAGGAGAAAGUAGCUAUUCCGUCUCUGAUGGACAUUAAGCCAGAGCCUGUAAGAAAGAUUAAAAUCAACAGGGAAAUUGGCAAGAGAAUUUCUAGCAUUGAUCGGCCACUUUCAGCUGAGGACUCUGCUCAUGCCACAGGAAAGGGCAGACUGGACAAGUCUAGAGGAAAAUUGAGGAGGAAGGUUCAUGCUCCCGAUGGGUCAGUGUCCAUAUUGGUUGAUUACACCAGCACCAGUUCUACAGGUGGAAGCCCCAUCAAAAAGCAUGAAGACAAGCUUGACCUAAAGAAGACUGUGGUGAAGACCCUGGAGGAAUAUACCAAUGACAGCUCCUCCCCUGCUGAGGAUGAAAUUGUCAUGAUCCAGGUGCCCCGAUCCAAGUGGGAAAAGGAAGACUAUGAAUCUGAGGAUGAUGAAUCUAAGGUUGCCACCAGAACAGGCAGCAUCAACACAUCCAGCUCUGCUCCUUCAGGGGAGAACACUGCAGUGAAAUCAGCUGGCAAGGAGUCUCCACAUGCCGACAAAGCUCCGCCAGUCUCCAAAGAGGCAGACGUCAAACCUGCCAAGGACUCCACAUCUGGCGAUAAAGAGAAAGAUACUGACAAGGAGAAAGACAGAGAGCAAGAACGAGACAGAGGGAAAGAAAAAGACCGCAGCAGCACUGCAGAUCGUGAGGCAACUGAUAAAAGGAAACCUAGUGUACCUAAUCAGGAAAGAGAGCGUGCACAGGAGAAGGGCAGUGACCAUGGCAGUGAACGAAGCUCUUCUUCCCAGUCCUCCAGAGAUAGGCAAGCUGACAGGCCUGAACCUACCUCUAGAAAACCAGCAGGAAAGGAGACGACUCCAGGCGUCCCCAGUAGAAAAACAGAAAAUAGAGAUGAUGCAAGAGACCACUUAGGCACUAGAUCAAAAGAUGAGAGAAAUCCAAUCAGGAGGAGAGUAUCGCCCUCCCCGCCCCCAAGGGUAAAGGACUUACACACAGACUCUGGAAGAAAAACUCGUGAAGCACCUCAGGAGUCACAAAGUCCAAGUAGGAAUAAGAGAGUAUCAUCGCAGAAUGCCCCAGAGCCAAAACGAACAGGGCCAGAGGACCACAAAGGAGACUGGCCAUGCAGUAAGGAGAGCCAGGGUUCUAGGCAUUCUGAUGUACGUAACGCAAAAGACCGGGAACACAGGACUCCUCAUAGAGCUUUGACUCCAGAGCCUAGGACUGAUGCAGAGAAAGGUGGCGCACAUGGCGACCACAUCAAAAUCCCAUCUGCACGCUCCACGAGACUGUCCUCAGAUUUAGCACGGGAAACAGACGAGGCUGCGUUUGUCCCUGACUACAGCGAAAGCGACAGCGAGACCUCAGACAUUGAGAGCAAAAUGGAGCAGAGAGGACGAGAGAGGGACAGCAGUGGCAGCCAGAGUCCGAGCCCAUCUGGCAGCCACGGACACAGCAGCAGCCCCAGCUCUCCCGGCAGUCAGGACAGCAAAAAGAAGAAAAAGGACAAAAAGGAGAAGAAGGAAAAGAAGAAACACAAGAAGCACAAAAAACACAAAAAGCAUAAGAAACAUACGAGCAAUGAGUCUGAAUCAGAGCUCAAAGGACAGAAACACAAACAUAAGAAAAAGAAGUCUAAAAAGAGCAAGGACAAAGACAAAGAUGACAAAGAAAAAGAUGAGAGUGAGAGAGACGAACAUAAGGCAAAAGUAUCUGUUUAAUUCAUUUUAGGUUUAACCAUUUGUUUGAUUUACUCAUCUUUAAGCAGCAUUGAAAAAUAAAAAUAUUGUUCUGCAGAGAAGUUUAAGUACAGUUCAGAUUUCAUUGUUUGCGAUUUUCUCAAUGGUUAAAGACAUGCUUUUUUGACCACGCUAACCUCUCCCACCAAUGUAAGAGAGUAGCUACUUUAAUGAUAAAGGUUAUUUUAUUUUGUUCUGAAUUUUCAUGAAUGUUUUGGUUCUCAUUUAAAAUUGUUGCAGAUUGUCAUUACAUCAUGGUUUUGCAUUAAGGCAAUUGUAGAGGAAGCACUUUAGAAAUGUGAACGUGAUCGCAGAUGUGCAAAAUUUGCAAAGAGUUGCAAAAGCCCUUUUGUACCUCAUCUCUUGUAUGUUUAAGUUGGAGAGAAACAUAUCAUUAUGACAGUAUGAUAAUAUUGUUACAGAGGUAACGGGAGAGUGGCAUCCAGCCAUUGGGGCAAGCUGAUUUACAGUGUAUGUUUUUGCACUGUGAAUAUUUCCUCUACUCUUUCGUUUUAUUCUAAUUCACCUUCAUAAGAGUAAUUUAAAUUAUAUGCUGAAAUGGAAUUGCAUAUGUUUUGAGGAUAAUAAAUUUUUUUC